AUGGCACGCGCUAGCUCUAGCGGGAGCAUCGCGGAGCGAUCACUCGAAGUCGAGCUUUUGCUCGCCUCGCUCGGAGCGCCGCCGUCGUUCGCGCUACGACAUCGCGACGAGCUACAUUCGCGAAAACUCGCUUGCGAUAGUGACGGGCUUAGCGGUUCAAGAGACAACAGGUCAGGCGAACGGCCGUUAGCCGCGCUAGGCUCCGUGGUUGCGCUCAUCAGCGCGGGGAGGUAUGCAGCCGCGCUGGAGCGCGCAUCUUCCGCCCUCGCGGUCCUCCCCUCCGCGGAGCAGCUGGCGGAAGCAGUGGCCGCGCGCGCGGAGAACCAGCCAGGGGAAGCGGCCGCGGGCGCAGCCGCGGCGGAAGCGUUUUUCUGCGCAGUGAGGGGGAGAAUCGGCGCGCUGCUGGUGGAGGGGGGGAAACCUCACUCGGGAAGCGGGAAGAUGGAGGGGGAGGAGGAGGAGAGGGUUGGCAAGUGGAGCGCGAGAGAGAAGGCGCUGCUGGUGCUGAUGAUGGGGGCGGCGAGCCUCUGCCUCUUCGUGCAGGCGAAUGUUAGCGGUCCCGAGCCUUCUGCAGUCCCAACACUCCCACUCAACCCAGCACCAGCCAGCAGCGACACGUCAGCAACCCCCGUUGACACGUCAGCACUUGCCAGCCACCCCUCAUUCCUCGCCAGCGAGGUGGCACGCGUGGCGCUGAGCAAGUGGUGUCAGGUGGAGCUCAUGACAGAUGGUGCUGACGUCACAGGCAGAUGCCACCUCCCCCAGUACCUCCUACUCGCCAGGACCCUCCUCCUCCCCCCUCUCUUCCCACUCAUAUUCCCCUCCCCUUCCUCUUCCUCCUCCCCCUCCUCCUCCACUCCCUUUGUCAAACCUUCUGAGGCAUUCUCCCCGUCCUUGCUGCCGCCCUCCUGGCCCUGGUGGGCGGCGAGGGUUGUCGUUAUUCACCAGAGGGUGCUACAGGAGCGGUCCCCCUCCCUCCGCGCCCUGCUGCUCCCCUGCACUGCUCACCUGGGAGAGACGCUGGGGAGGAAAGAUGCCGUGAGACGAGCUUUGUUUAGAAAAGAGGAGGAGAAGGAGGAGGAGGCGGAGGGAGGGGAGAAGGAGGGGGGGAAGGAGGGGGAGGGGGAGGGGGAAGUGUGUGUGCGGGUGGCAGCGAUGGUGCAUCUGGAGGCUGGGAUGAUGGACAUGGCGUAUGCACACGUGGACACUGCCAGGAAGUGGUUUGAGAGAGCUCUGCAGGAGUGCGGAGUGGUGCUGGGUGUCACUGGAGCCAUGGGGUACCGCACCAUACAUCAGGUGAACAGGGGUAGGGUAGGGGUCGAUCCCAAAGCACAGCUUGUGCUGGCAGUGACAAGAAAUGACGCCCUUAAGGAAGGAGAUGCGGCAGUGUUAGGCGAUAUGGAAUUACCCAAGGAUGUGACAUGUGGGGACAGGCAAGGGCAGCAAGAAGAGAAGGGAGAGAAGGGGGAAGGUGGAAAGGAGGGAGAUGGGGGGGAGGAGGAGGAGGAGGGGGAGAGUAUGGAGGAGUUGGAGUGUUUGUUCGAGCCGGAGGAGUGUGAUGUGCUGCUGGCCCCGCGGCUGGUGGAAGGGGGAAGUGGUGGGGGUGAGAUCGUGGCAAAUGGGGGUGAAAAGGAAGAGAAGCAGAGUGCUGUCGAUGGUGGCACGAGUGGUGUGCUGAGGGGUGUUGAGCAGGCGGCGGUGCUGGCGCUGGCUGUUGAUACAGUGAAGCAAAACGCUGCUGAUGAGCUGAGAGGUGAGUGGGAUGGCCUUUCAGGCGUUGGGGAAGAAGGGGCGGGCGGGGGGAUGAGGGGAAAGGGAGGGGCAUUGAGGGGUGAUGAGCAGGCGGCGGUGCUGGCAAUGGCUGUUGUCACAGUGAAGCAAAACGCAGCAGAUGAACUGAGAGGCUGGGAAGCAGCGCCUUAUAUCGAAGCAAUCACUCUGCAACAACACAUCCCACCCAUGGUGAAAGCGGGCUGUGAGCUGCUGAGGGUGCGGUGGGAACGCAAGCGACCGCACACGCGGCAGAGAGCAGUUGCGACAAUGGAGCAACUGAUCCAGUCAGUCUCACAUCAGGAGAAGAGGAUUCGCCAGCAGCAAUCGCAAGCAGCCUCGGGAUCAUCGGGAGGAGCUGUGGCGGCUGCGUUGCCGGAGGAGGAAGCGAGAGAAGCAGCAGAGAGGAUGAAAUACUGCUUCGCUGUUUGGUUUCCCACCACGCCUGCUCUCUUCAAGGAGUAUGGGGAGGUGCUGGUGGCGAGCGGAUGUGUGGGCGAGGCCAUGCGCGUGUUUGAGACGAAUGAGCUGUGGGACCAUCUCAUCGACUGCUACAGCCUUUUGGGCAAGAGGGCAGCAGCAGCAGCGUUGGUGACAACAAGGUUGAAGGAGCAGAAGGAGGAUCCACGCCUGUGGUGCUGCCUGGGAGAUCUGACGGAGGAGAAAGAGUGCUAUGAGAAGGCCUGGGAGUUUUCCCGACACAGAUAUGCACGCGCACAGCAAGCACUAGCGUGCAUGGCAAUGAACGCCAAGGACUUUAAAGCAGCCAUGGCUCACUGGGAGGCUGAAAAGGAGAGGCUGCUGUUCAACACUCUCCACUCCUCUCUCCAUCUCUCUUCACCCUUUUCAAUACAGAGAGCACUAGCGCGCAUGGCAAUGAACAGCAAGGAUUUCAAGGCAGCCAUGGCUCACUGGCAGGCUGCGCUGGCUAUCAGCCCGCUGCAUGCAUCUGCCUGGUUCUCCCUGGGCUACUCUGCUAUUCAGGUAGGCGUAGUGCGGUGCAGCGCGGGGCAGAAAGAGGGAGAGCAAGCUGUACAGGCAUGUGACGGGGACAAGGCGCUGUAUGCGCUCACACGUUCGGUGCAGAUCGACCCAGACAACGGGGAGGCGUGGAACAACCUGGCGGUGCUCAACUUACAGCGCAACCGAAUGCAAGAGGCGUUUAAGACACUACAGGAGGCACUUAAGCACAAGGGAGAGGACUGGCACCUGUGGGAAAACUUUGCGAAGGUGGCUCUGGAUGUGAAGAGCUACCAGCAG